AUGUCCAAGGAAGUCUGCGUCGGUAUCGAUCUGGGCACGACCUACUCGUGCGUGGGCGUGUGGCAGAACGAUCGCGUCGAGAUCAUCGCCAACGAUCAGGGUAACCGCGUGACCCCGUCGUACGUGGCCUUCACCGACAGCGAGCGUCUCAUCGGAGAUGCCGCCAAGAACCAGGUCGCCAUGAACCCGCACAACACCGUGUUCGAUGCCAAGCGUCUGAUCGGCCGUAACUUCUCGGACCCCAUCGUGCAAGCCGACAUGAAGCACUGGCCGUUCAAGGUCGUCCAGAAGCCCGGCGACAAGCCCUUCAUCUCCGUCGAGUACAAGGGCGAGACCAAGGAGUUCUCCCCCGAGGAGGUCUCGUCGAUGGUCCUCAUCAAGAUGAAGGAGACCGCUGAGGCCUACCUCGGCCACCCCAUCAACUCGGCCGUCAUCACCGUGCCCGCCUACUUCAACGACUCGCAGCGUCAGGCCACCAAGGAUGCCGGUACCAUCUCCGGCAUGCAGGUCAAGCGUAUCAUCAACGAGCCCACCGCCGCUGCCAUCGCGUACGGUCUCGACAAGAAGUCGCAGGGCGAGAUGAACGUCCUCAUCUUCGAUCUCGGCGGCGGUACCUUCGACGUGUCGCUCCUGACCAUCGAGGAGGGCAUCUUCGAGGUCAAGGCCACCGCUGGUGACACUCACCUCGGCGGUGAGGACUUCGACAACCGCAUGGUCACCCACUUCAUCCAGGAGUUCAAGCGCAAGCACAGCAAGGACAUCUCCGGCAACGCCCGCGCCGUCCGUCGUCUCCGUACCGCCUGCGAGAGGGCCAAGCGCGCUCUGUCGUCGGCCACCCAGACCAACAUUGAGAUCGACUCGCUCUUCGAGGGUGUCGACUUCUACACCUCCAUCACCCGUGCCCGUUUCGAGGAGCUCUGCGCUGAUCUCUUCCGUUCGACCAUGGACCCCGUCGAGAAGGUGCUCCGCGACGCCAAGAUGGACAAGCGCACCGUGAGCGAGGUCGUGCUCGUCGGUGGCUCCACCCGUAUCCCCAAGAUCCAGCAGCUCGUCACCCAGUUCUUCAACGGCAAGGAGCCCUGCAAGUCGAUCAACCCCGACGAGGCCGUCGCCUACGGUGCCGCCGUCCAGGCCGCCAUCCUCAGCGGUGCCUCGACCGAGGGCUCCGUCCUCGGUGACGUGCUCCUCAUCGACGUCACCCCGCUCACCCUCGGCAUUGAGACCGCCGGUGGCGUCAUGACCGCGCUCAUCCCCCGCAACACCACCAUCCCCACCAAGAAGACCCAGGUCUUCUCCACCUACUCGGACAACCAGCCCGGCGUGCUCAUCCAGGUCUACGAGGGCGAGCGUGCCAUGACCCGCGACAACAACCUCCUCGGCAAGUUCGAGCUCUCGGGCAUCCCCCCCGCGCCCCGCGGUGUGCCCCAGAUCGAGGUCACCUUCGACAUUGACGCCAACGGUAUCCUCAACGUCAACGCCGCCGACAAGACCACCGGUCGCUCCGAGAAGAUCACCAUCACCAACGACAAGGGCCGUCUCUCCAAGGAGGAGAUCGAGCGCAUGGUCAAGGAGGCCGAGAAGUACAAGAACGACGACGAGAACGCCAAGGAGAAGGUCGAGGCCAAGAACGCCCUCGAGAACUACGCCUACACCAUGCGCAACACCAUCCGCGACGACAAGAUCGCCUCCAAGCUCGACUCGGGCGACAAGUCCAAGAUCGAGGAGGCCGUCGACGCCGCCAUCAAGUGGCUCGACACCAACCAGACUGCCGAGAAGGACGAGUUCGAGCACAAGCGCAAGGAGCUCGAGGACCUCUGCAACCCCAUCUUCACCAAGAUGUACCAGGGUGCCGGCGGCGCCGGCGGCAUGCCCGACAUGGGCGGCAUGGGCGGCGGCUUCCCCGGCGGUGCUGGCGGUUUCCCCGGCGGCGCGGCUCCCGGCGGUGGUGCCCGUCCCUCUGGCGGUUCGUCGGCCGGCCCCAAGAUCGAGGAGGUCGACUAA